UAAAAAUCUAUUAUACAAUACAGAAAAACCCUAGUUCUUCUUCUAUGUAUUAAGCUGCUCCCCUUAUCUUUGUUGCUGCUCUCCAGCUGUGGCUUCUCACUCUCUGCUGAGACGCAUUGCUAAUAAUCGCCUGAGGGUCCCUUGUUAUGUUCGUCUUCGAUUUAUAAACUUCACUUCUGAUAAAGCAAGUUUUUGUGGGCUAGCUGGAGAAGAAAUGACAGAAGAAUCUGGAAAAAGCUUUGCUCGAAGAGACCGGCUUUUGGAAAUUGAGUCACAGGUGCAAAAAUGGUGGUUAGAGGGUGAUGUGUUCCGGGCUGAAGCAAAGGACUCGCCACCCAAAGAUGGUGAGAAGUUCUUUGGUAACUUUCCAUUCCCUUAUAUGAAUGGAUAUCUCCACUUGGGCCAUGCAUUUUCCCUUUCAAAACUUGAAUUUGCUGCCGCCUAUCAUAGAUUGAGGGGAGCAAAUGUGCUUUUGCCGUUUGCUUUCCAUUGUACUGGAAUGCCCAUUAAGGCUUCAGCUGAUAAGCUCACCAGGGAGAUUGAGAAGUUUGGAAAUCCACCUGUGUUCCCGGUUGUCAAAGAGGAAGAAAGUGGUGAGCCUGAGGAAAAAACGGGGGGUCAAAAUGAAGGUAAUCAGACACAACCAGGUGGUAAAUUUAAGGGUAAGAAAUCAAAGGCUGUUGCUAAGUCAGGCGCUGUUAAGUACCAAUGGGAGAUUAUGCAGAGUUAUGGUUUGUCUGAUGAGGAGAUAGCGAAGUUCACAAACCCGUAUCAUUGGCUGACAUUUUUUCCACCUCUGGCUGUGGAGGACUUGAAGGCUUUUGGGUUGGGAUGUGAUUGGAGGCGCACAUUUAUCACUACUGAUAUGAACCCAUAUUUUGAUUCGUUUGUUAGGUGGCAGAUGAGGAAAUUGAAAGAAAUGGGUAAGAUCGUUAAGGACUUGAGAUAUACUAUAUAUUCACCUUUGGAUGGUCAGCCAUGUGCGGAUCACGAUCGUGCUUCAGGGGAAGGUGUUAUCCCACAGGAGUAUACUCUCAUAAAAAUGGAGGUCAUCUCACCCUUCCCAUCUAAAAUGAGCGUUUUGGAGGGAAAGAAGGUGUACCUUGCUGCUGCGACAUUGAGACCAGAGACGAUGUACGGCCAAACAAAUUGUUGGGUAUUGCCAGAUGGAAAAUAUGGGGCUUUUGAAAUUAAUGACACUGAUGUGUUUAUCUUAACAAGUAGGGCAGCCCUGAAUUUGGCUUAUCAAAAUCUGUCCAGAGUUCCAGAGAAACCUACUUGUUUGGUUGAGUUGACUGGUCAAGAUCUUAUUGGUUUGCCUUUAAAAUCCCCUUUAGCAUUUAACGACAUUAUAUAUACCCUUCCCAUGUUAUCAGUUCUUACCGACAAGGGUACUGGAAUUGUUACUAGUGUUCCAAGUGAUUCUCCAGAUGAUUACAUGGCACUCCAUGAUUUGAAAGCAAAACCGGCAUUCAGGGCCAAGUAUGGGGUGAAGGAUGAAUGGGUCUUGCCAUUUGAGAUCAUACCCAUCAUCCACCACCCUGAUUUUGGAGACAGGUCUGCGGAGAGAAUAUGCAUUGAGAAAAAGAUCAAAAGCCAAAACGAGAGGGAAAAACUUGAUGAGGCCAAGAAAAUAAUCUACAAGGGAGGGUUCUAUGAGGGAACAAUGCUUGUGGGGGAGUUUACUGGAAUGAAAGUUCAGGAAGCUAAAGGUUUGAUUAGGAACAAACUCUUAGACUUGGGGCAAGCUGUGGUCUAUAGCGAGCCUGAAAAGAAAGUCAUGUCAAGAUCUGGGGAUGAGUGUGUUGUGGCUUUGACUGAUCAGUGGUAUAUCACUUAUGGAGAACAAGAAUGGAAGAAGGCUGCAGAGGAGUGCUUGGCUGGCAUGAAUCUUUACUCAGAGGAGACACGACAUGGCUUUGAACACACCUUGAGCUGGUUGAAUCAAUGGGCAUGUUCUCGAAGUUUUGGUCUUGGCACUCGUAUUCCCUGGGAUGAGGAAUUUUUGGUUGAGUCCUUGUCUGAUUCAACUCUUUAUAUGGCAUAUUAUACUGUAGCUCAUAUGCUGCAGCGAGGGGAUAUGUAUGGAGCUGAUAGGUCUUCAGUAAAACCAGAGCAGCUAACAGACGAGGUUUGGGAUUUCUUAUUUGUUGCCGGCCCUUAUCCUAAAUCCUCAGAAAUACCAUCAUCUGUUCUUAAUAAGAUGAAGCAAGAGUUUGAGUAUUGGUAUCCAUUUGACCUGAGAGUAUCUGGGAAGGAUCUCAUUCAGAAUCAUCUAACUUUUUGUAUAUAUAAUCAUACAGCAAUCAUGCCCAAGCAUCACUGGCCUAGGGGAUUCAGAUGCAAUGGGCACAUUAUGCUGAAUUCUGAGAAAAUGUCGAAGUCAACAGGGAAUUUCAGGACUCUUCGCCAAGCUAUCGAAGAGUUUUCAGCUGAUGCAACAAGAUUCUCGCUGGCAGAUGCGGGUGAUGGGAUGGAUGAUGCCAACUUUGUCUUUGAGACGGCUAAUGCUGCGAUCUUACGUCUUACUAAGGAGAUUUCAUGGAUGGAGGAGGUUCUUGUCGCUGAGUCAUCAUUGAGAAGUUCUCCACCAGCCACUUAUGCAGAUCGUGUGUUCGCCAAUGAAAUGAAUAUAGCAGUCAAGACGACAGAACAGAACUAUAGCGAAUACAUGUUUCGGGAAGCUCUGAAGAGCGGGUUCUACGAUCUUCAGGCUGCAAGGGAUGAGUAUAGGCUCUCUUGUGGCGCUGCAGGAAUGAACCGUGAAUUAUUAUGGCGAUUUAUGGAUGUUCAGACACGUCUUAUUGCUCCAAUUUGCCCACACUAUGCUGAAUAUGUCUGGAAGGAGCUGUUGAAGAAGGACGGAUACAUCGUAAAAGCUGGGUGGCCUCAAGCUGAUUCACCCGAUCUCACCCUAAAAAAAGCAAAUAAAUACUUGCAAGAUUCUAUUGUCUCAAUGAGGAAGCUUUUGCAGAAGCAAAUUUCCGGUUCAAAGAAAGGCAAAACAAGCACACCAAAUAUUCAGAAUAAGCCAACAGUUGGCUUGAUUUUCGUAAAUGAGCAAUACGAUGGGUGGAAAAAGGAAUGUUUGAACAUACUCCAGAAGAAGUUUGAUAGGGCAACAGGCACAUUUGCACCUGACCAAGAAAUCCUCUCCGAAUUGCAAAAAAGUGAAAUCGGUCAGGCGGGCAACUUCAAACAAAUACAGAAGCUCUGUAUGCCCUUCUUGAGGUUCAAGAAGGAUGAAGUUAAGGCUGUUGGUGUUCAAGCAUUGGACCUCAAGCUGCCUUUUGGUGAAAUUGAGGUUCUUACUGAGAAUGCAGAACUUAUUAAACGGCAGUUAGGCCUGGAACGUCUGGAAAUUCUGUCUGCAAUGGACGCUGACGCUGCUGCUCGAGCUGGUGAUCAUGCAUCGGUUUUGAAUUCCACCCCACCAUCACCAGGAAACCCUACUGCAAUCUUUCUGAAUUGAUGAAACAAUCUUGCAGAUGUAAGUUAUUUCAUUUAGUCGAAUUUUUCCUUUUGGUCAUGUUGGACUAAACCUUAUACACUUCCAAUCCUUCUCAUAAUCCUAUUUUGUAGACCUUGAUUUUGAACAUUUGUUUCAAUUACAGGAAAUUGAACUUUUGGGUUUUGUUGUCUAUAUGAUGUUUAGUUGUAUCACUUGAUGAUGAAUUUCAGUGCUUGAAUUUUCUACUA